AUGGAUACAGAGGCCCUUCAGCUCAAGACCAUCGAGCUCCGGAGUAGGCCUUUUGGCAAGCGCGCAAUCGCAUGGUCUGCUGAUGCUGAGCUGGCCGUGGCGGCCGACGACUCGGUCUUGGUGUUUAUGCCCCAGUUCCCGCGGUUUCAUGUCGACUUUGCCGAGCAGAGGCGCAAGCAGGCCGCCGCUGCCGGCUCCUCAUGGCUCGAGGGAAUCGACAAGAUCCAGCCGCUCAAGCCCCAAUACGCCGAUGGUCAACGCAGGAUACCCAUAUCGCUGCCGAGGGUAAGCCCACGGGUAAACUUUCACCUGUUUGCCACGUCGGGCGUCGACAGUCCCUACGACGGCUGGGUCGACCACGGUACCGAGGACAGCUCUGGCGCAGGUAAUGGGGAAGGCAGUGGGAGCGAGGACGACUUUGAAGACGAUGCGUUGCCCGACGACGAGAUACCCAAGAACGCCUGGAGGAAGAUGCCGAAUUUGAGGGAUCGAAACAACCCUUUCAAUGUCACGGGCGCGGGAUCGGGCUUGUUCACUAGCGUCGGCUCGUCACUCAACCAAGUUCUCUCCCUCGCUUGGUCUCCCCCAAUAGGCCGCAACGAUCGCUGUCUGCUGGCAGUCCACAGCGCUGCGGGCUAUAUAGCCGUGUAUGGCGAGCCCCUGGUGGCUGCGGCAGACGAGCAGCGUGGCCACCAUCUUGGCAGCAUGUACAGCACCGAAGGUUGGGAGGUCCUCUGGGGUGUGGGCGAGCGCCUAUCUGUUCCAAAGCAAGCAACCUGGGGAGAGUGUUAUCGGUCAUUCGCCUGGAGCCAAGAGAUAUGGCCUGGCAAAGCCUUGAUGGCGGUCACGACGGAUGAUUUGGAGAUCGCGAUAUUGGCGGUACACGCACGCGUAUCUGUGGAUUGGGAAGAUGGGGUCGUGGGAGCCGGAUGGCAGAUCGAGGAGGUGGCGAGAUUCGACGCCAAGGGCCCCCAUCCUCCGGGCCAUGUUCACGACCUCGACUACGUCCCUGACAAGUCGACAGUUGGACUGAGCUUCGGCCCCAGCUCCAGCAGUGGUGAGGAUUCAAAGGAACUUUUGCUAGGAUACAUCUCGCGAGGAUACGUUGGCUUCCGAAAGGUCACAGUCAGACGAGAAUGGUUCAGAGAGGGCGAUGUGCCUUUUGUUGACGUCGCCGAGACUGAUUCGGAUGGGAGAUGCAUGUUCCUAGCCCCCGAUGCCUUUAUGUCAUUUGAGGAUAAUGUGUGGACAGUUCAAGGUCAAAAGAUCUGCCGAGGCGUUAUCGCCACUCCGAUGGUACCAAAAAUUUUCGAGGUCAACAUGUCGAUUGAGACGUCACGAAUCCAACCGCAUGCCCUGACGCAAUGCGGUUGUGUUUACCCUGGGCCUGAAGAAAUAUCAAGAAACCCAAUACAAGACCUUGUUGUACACCCGCACCUGCAAGGAAGCAGUAUACAUCAACCGCCAGUCUACACCCUGAUUCGUCUCUCAGCAACACAGGCGUCAAGGGGCUGGUAUGAGACGACAGUUCCGUCAACGAGUAGCGAGGCUGGCCCCAACCCGAAGUGGGCUGUGGCUGUCUCCCGUAUACUUGACAUAUCUAUGCCCAAACACAUGUUGGGCAAGACGGGAGCCGAGGGCUUAGGCAUCGGCGAUGGCGAUGAUGAUGAAGAUGAAGACAAGAACGACGAAAACGACAACGAGAUGGACGACGAUGAUGAAGAUGAGGACGCAGAGGGCGAGGAGGACGUCGACGUUAUGCAGAAUCAUCUCAAGCAAAUGGACGCACCGGCAUCAUCAGCGGAUGAUGACAGCAUCCCCAUCUGGCGCGCCCGUCUGUACGGAAUCGCCCUGUCUCCAGGCGGCGGCUGUAGCGCAGUCGUUUGGGCCAAGAUGGCGGCUGCGGUGGUGGAGCGUGGAGCUUGGCACCAGGCACGCAGCACGCUCUCCUUUCACUGUCAUGCUACGCCUUGGGCUGAGGAGGAGGACAAGGUCGAGGUCAUCAAUGGCCCGCACAUUGCAAGACUGUCGACAGAGGCCAAGAUGUUCGAGUGGAUGUAUGGACGCGGGCCUGACGUUGCCGGAGUAACCAGACCAAAGGAGAAUGCUGAAGGUAUUCCCGUCGUCAAAAAGGCAUUCGAGGGCAUCGCCAGUUCCGUUGGCCGGGACCGCUCUCGCCAGAGCCGGUCCGAAUCCUGGGAAGAAAGCCUUGUAGCCACCCUUAGCAUACAAGCCCUUGAUGACACCACCGAUCGUGACAUUGCCCUCAGCAGUCUGCAGCCGGCUCUUGACGGUGUCAACAGGGAAGACCGGGAUCCACAUGGCGACUCCAGCCGCCGCGCCGGCACAUGUGAUGGCCAUCAGGCUCAGCUCCCCACUCGGCUUGCCAGUGACAGGGUCGACGGGGGACAACUUCCUCUUGAUGUACUCAUACGCAGCAAAGUAUGCCGCCGACCCGGGGCCGUCACGCGCCAGCGUCGCCACGCUGCCGCGGAAGACAGAUCUCACUCCGCCUUCCUUAUACAGCUGCCGUACUACGUCGAGACCACCGCUGUAGCGCGGCUUCUCGCCGGGUGCGAGCUGCUUCUGACCCUGGACCUGCAGGAUCACCUUUACACGCUCAAAUGGUGCCGUGAUGGCAGUCAUUGGUAUGGCGGAGAAGAAGCCGGCGGCGGAAAUUUGUGCUAUGGAGAGAGGCCCGUCCCGGCGGACCUUGACGAGGUCAAACGGAUGACCGACAACGACGGCGCAGACGCCUCCGAAGCCACCCGCCGCGAACGAGCGCAGUUGUGCAGCACCCGCCGAGGCCACAGCCUUGGCCUCGGUCUUGAGCUCCUCCUUGGACUCUGGGAUGUGCGGGAUGGUGCCGCCGAGAUGCUUUGA